GGGGUAUAAAAGAAGCACUUUUCUCUUCUCUCUUUCUACUUUUCACAUACAUUCGAGCCCCCCCCAAUCUGACACCAUGAAGUGGGGAACAUUCAUUUCUUUUAUUUUCCUGGUAAUUUUUACUGAAUCAAAAACCCUUCCCAGAAGAUAUCGGGAUGUAGAUGAACACCACACCAUUGGACACUGUUUUACUGAGCUACACGAGGACACCUUUAAAGCUGUUGCUACGAUCAUGUUUGCUCAGCUUGUGCAGCAAAGCACUUAUGAAGAAGAUAGUAAAAUGGUAAAAGAUGUCACUGAUCUCGCACAAAAAUGUGUCGCCAGUAAGGAAGAUCCACAAUGUCAGAAGCCACUGACUGCCAUUUUCCUGGAUGAAAUCUGCCAUGAGCAAGGUCUUCCUGAGAAAUAUGGGUUGGCUGACUGCUGUGCGAAAACUGACCCCGAAAGAAAUGAAUGUUUUCUAUCCCACAAAAAUUCUACACCAGGAUUCAUUGCUCCUUUAGUAAAACCAGACCCUGAAGAGGGAUGCAAACAGUAUCAUGAUAAUCGAGCAGGACUUAUGGGCCUAUUCAUCUACGAACUGUCCAGGAGGCAUGCUUCCCUUUAUUCCCCAACGAUUCUGACCGUUGCCGGUCAAUACGAGGAGAUGAUGAAAGGUUGCUGCCAAGCAGAAGACAAGGCUGCCUGCUUCAGUGAAAAGGCACCAAUUGUGAUGAAGCCAGUGAAAGAAAGUAGCUUGAUUGAGGCACAAACAUGUGAGGUCCUGAAGAAGUUUGGAGAAAGAGCCUUAAAAGCUAUGAAAGUUAUUCAACUCAGCCAAAAAUUUCCCAAGACUGAUUUUGUUACCGUUAACAAACUUGUAACAGAUAUUGUUCACAUGCACACGGAGUGUUGCCACGGUGACAUGAUGGAUUGUAUGCACGAAAGGGUAGAGUUGACAGAUUAUGUCUGUUCCCAUCAAGAUGCCAUAUCAAGCAAACUCAAAGACUGCUGCGACAAGCCACUGGUGGAACGAAGUGCAUGUAUCAUUCAGUUGGACAAUGAUGACAAACCUGCAGACUUGUCUCCCACAGUCAGAGAGUUCAUAGAAGACAAAGAUGUGUGCGACCACUUUGCCAAGGAACAGGAUGCCUACCUGGCCAAAUUUGUCUACGAAUAUUCAAGACGACACCCUGAGUUCUCUGUUCAGAUGCUUUUAAGAGUUGGGAAAGGCUACCAGGAAUUACUGGAAACCUGCUGCAAAAGCGCUAACCCCCCUGAAUGCUACGGCAAAGGGGAAGAAAUCCUCAAAAAACAACUUCAGGAAACCCAGGAAUUGCUAAAGGCAAAUUGUAACCGCUACAAGGAAUUGGGAGAGUACCUUCUCCAAAAUCAGCUCCUUGUCCUGUACACCAAGAGGAUGCCUCAGCUGUUACCUGAAGAGCUGCUCCAGUUCACAAAGCAAAUGGCAGCCCUUGGGGGCAAGUGCUGCCAGCUCAGUGAAGACAAAGUAUUUCCUUGUGCAGAGGGACAUCUUGAUCUUAUUCUUGGACAAAUAUGUAGGAGACACUAUGCCAGUCCUAUAAAUUCUAAUGUCUGUAAAUGCUGCAGUAGCUCCUAUGCUCUCAGAAGGCCAUGCAUUGGUGCAUUGGGAAUUGAUGAGAAGUAUGUGCCCGUGCCAUUGACUCCUGAUCUGUUCGCCUUCCAUGAAGAUUUGUGUGCCACUGAAGAGGCGGCGCUACAGAGAAGCAAGCAGAAACUUCUCAUCAACCUCGUCAAAUAUAAGCCCACCAUUACAGAAGAACAACUGAAGACCAUUAUUGAGUCUUUUAUUACCAUGAGAGAAAAGUGCUGCAAAGCAGAAAACCAUGAGACAUGCUUUGGAGAAGAGGGCCCAAAACUGAUAGAAGCAAGUCAGGCUACAUUGGCAGCAUAAAACAUCUCAGCUCACCGGUGGAAGGCGAUAAAAUUCAUCUCUGCCCUGUUUACUGUAUUUGCUUGCUUUCUUGUUAGUUGUCACUGUCAUAGUCCUCUGAUUCAAAGAAACAAAGGCAAUUUUGCUUUCACGUUCAUCUCUCAUUGCUGCCUUACAUCCCAAUAAUGAAUAAAGCUUUGAAUAAACUC